UCAAACAUGGCGCCAUAAUACUAGUUCCCGCCCCGUAUACGAGUGUUCGUGUAUGCAAACAGUGCUGAUUGCUUGAUUUGUUGUAGUAUUGCUUAGUGCAUAGUGUGUCGUUGUCUUCUGUUGUCCGGUGCUGAUGACUCUUGCCUGUCAGUGGCAUUUGUUGCGGGAGAUAUGGCUUUUCGUGGACGUAAAUAAGGUUACCCAGUGAUGGCAGAGCUGAUGCAGGGUCUGAGAGCAGGUGACUCAAGUGGAGCUCAUCAGCUGGAUCAUUACCGAGCACAACUUCGUAGAAAUGCUGCAUUGGAAGAAGUGCGUGGUCCAGUUGUGGCGAAGCAUGUCUUGCAAAGAGUGAAGCCUGCCCCAGAAACACUGCCAUGUGUUGAUUUUCAGGCCCCAGGCCCUACAGCAGCACAACUAAGGCACUGCCAAACCCCAACUGCAAGGUGCCGACAGAGUCAUCUGCACCGGCUGUCUCCUAGUCUCCCAGCACUGGUAACAAAGCAUUCCUCAUCAAAAGUGAAGUCGUCUCCAGAAACACUGCCACAUACUGAUAUCCCAGGCCCUACAGCAGCAGAAUCAAAGCACUAUCAAACUCCACCUGUGAGGUGGCGAUACAGUUCUCUCCGCCAGCUGUCUCCGAGUCUUCGAGCACCGAUGAUGAAGCAACCAUCACCAAAAGCAAAGCAUCCCCCGGAAACGCAUGGUACCCCAGAUCUUGUAACACCCCAACCAAAGCAUUGUCAUCCGCCACCUGCAAGUUGGCAACAAACUUCUCUGCAUGAACAGUCUCCCAGUCUUCCGUCACAGGCACCAGGCCAUGUAGCAGUACAACCUAAGCGCUGCCGAACUCCACCUGCGAGCUGGCGACAGAGCUUUGUGCACCAGCUGUCUCCCAGCCUUCCAUCACUGUGUCCUCUAAAUCAGAACACACAUGGAUCUCGGCCAGCCAGUCCUGGACAUAUGGAUCCAAUUCUCGUGGAAAUGGUUCGACGCCGUGUGCGGCGUGUUCAGAAGGCACGCUUAUACUUGUUACGUCAACCUGGACCUAACACCUUCUCUGUUGGUGGUGAUUCCCCAGAACAUAAGUUUCGUGUUGUAAUUGGACCACAGACAUGCAGCUGCAACAGAGGUCCCCACUGUUUGCAUCUUCUUUUCGUUAUGCGUAGGGUGUUCCAGGUUCCAGAAAAUGACCCCAGACUUUUUGCAAAGGAAUUAAAAAAUUUUGAGGUGGAGUCUUUAUUUCAAAACUACAAGGAGCAACAGAAUAAGAGAAUUUUGAAAAAGCCUAAUGCUGCAUGUGGGUAUCCAUUGACAGGCUUACAUGAGGCUGUCCAAAAUUUCUUUGAUUUUCAACUGUCAGCCGAUACAAAAACUAGAGAAGAUGAAAAGUGUCCCAUAUGUUUAUUGGAGAUGACAGAUGGGGAGAGCCUUGUGGAAUGUAACAGUGGCUGCCAUAACAAGCUGCAUCAUCACUGCAUGGCAGUUUGGGCUGCUGAAUGUGUCCAGCAAAGUGAAGCAGUACUUUGUCCACUGUGUCGUCAUCCUUGGAUGGAGAAAUCUGUUCCCAAUUUACAGGAAAAUGUACUGUUAUCUUCUGAUCAUAAUUCUAAAAGGCCCAAAAUGUCAAAAAAUAAGGCUGUUAGAACAUCAUCGAUGAACACAAAAUUAUCUGACACGUCGAGUCCUAUCCCGCUUCAGCAUAUGAGUAUGGCAGCAGAUUGGAUUAAGAUACUGGGCUCAGAUCUAGUAACUUUGCUGUACUCUCAAGAUUGGAAACAGAGGGAGCGUGGCUUGCAGCUGUUGCAAGAUGAACUUCAUCGACAAGUUCAGCUUAGUAAUGAAGAAUGGCAACAAAAAGUUAUUCGCUGUUGUGCGAAGAUUUUAGCUAUGCUUGUGGGAGAUCCUAUUUUCAAAGUUUAUUCUACUUGUGUGCACAGCUUUUGUACUCUGAUCAGAAGUGUUUGCUGUUCAACUGCAACUCAGCUGAAGGAAUUUGUUGAUCUAAUCUACCCAGUAAUAACAACAAUGCUCAAGAAGUGUGCUGAUCGAAAUCGGCGUGCGAGCCAGUUGAGUGCUGAAGCUCUGGCGGAAAUAUCUGAGAGAGAAAUAGGAAAUCCAUUCAAGAUGAGAAACACUAGCAUUCAAAGAUUAAUGGGUCUUGAAGUUGUUCUCAGUUGCAUUCUUGAGCCAUUCACUGUAGACAGUGUCUCCUGGCAGUGGUUAGGUGGAAGGCUGCUGAUGUUGAAAACAAUGUUUCACCUGUUCCCUGAUGAGUUUCAUCUAGGACAAAGGACUGAUGAUGAUGACAGACUUAAUAAAUUUAGAAGACUGAUUUCUGUUAUAGAAUUUUCAGUAAAAGCAUUACGCAGUCCUCAUAGAACAGUGAAAAAAAUAGCAAAAGAUGUUUUUUUGUUGUCUUCGAGCUUGAGUAUCAAAGAAAAUGGUGUACUGAAUCAUGUCUUAGAAAUGUUAGCACCCCUGGAUAUAAGCUUGCAAGUAACAUUGAAAAAACAUCUGUUGGAUGUAGCUCAAUUUCACAGUCAAGCUUCCUGUGAGAAUGGAAGUGCAAAAUCUGUAACUCAAAUUCACUUGAGGAAUGUGGCUCAGAGCAACAUGAGAAAUAGAACAGGAGCAGUAAAUUCAGUUCCUCUAAGUGAAUCUAAACAAUUAACCAACAUGGUUGCAACUAAGAUGCAAGACCUUGAACUUCAAAACUUGAAAAAAUGUAAGUCUUCGAAGCAUUUUUCAGAAUCAAAUCCUGUUUCAUCAUUUUCACCCACAAAUAAAUGGAUGAAUUCUCUUUCAAAAGCAUCAAAUUUGGUUUUAAUAAACAAGAAAGAGGAAAAUGUGACAAGUAAAGAUAAAGUUUCUCAAAACUUCACAGAAACUUGUAAUGAGGAACUCUUUAGCAUGGUACCUGAUUCUAGUCAGGGAUCAGACGUACAAACUUUUACACAUACGUGUGAAAGUGAGUCUCUGUUGUCGCCAGCACAAAAUAUGAGCUGUACUCUCAAUAUUUCCUGUCAGGACUUUGGUCAUGUGGAAGCAAAUAAGGAUAAGCCUUGUACUUCUGUGUUUAGUACAAGGACAGCUGGUGAUGGAAGUGAUGUACAGUACUCUGUAGAAACAGAAGGCACAGCACCUGAUUUCUACUGCAGAUUAGUAUCUGAGGUAACCUGGCAUCACUUAAACACACGUUCUUACAUAGAAGGUAUUAACUGGAAGAGAGGCCCAGCUCUUGGCACGGGAGCAUAUAGCACCUGUUUUCAAGCUAGAGAUACAAUGUCUGGGGGCAUAAUGGCUGUAAAACAGGUGUCCUUCUUACGUAAUUCACAACAAGAGCAGGAAAGGGUUGAAUCAGAAAUAUGGAAGGAAAUAGUUAUGUUAUCAAAAUUGCAUCAUCCCAAUGUACUACAUAUUCUUGGUGCUACAAAACAGAAUGGUCAUUUCAACAUAUUUGUUGAGUGGAUGGCUGGUGGAUCUAUUGCCACACUGCUGGAUAGCUAUGGUCCAUUCAGUGAGUCUGUUAUCAUCAACUAUACAAAACAAACUCUUCAAGGCCUGAACUAUCUGCAUAAAAACCAUAUUUUGCACCGUGACCUGAAAGGUGCAAAUCUCUUAAUAGAUAGCACAGGCAGAAAUUUAUGCAUAGGUGAUUUUGGGGCAGCAGUGCAUUUAGAAACUCAGACAGUGGUGUCAGGAGAAUUGCAAGGUCAAAUUCUUGGAACUAUUGCAUUUAUGGCUCCAGAAGUCCUAAGGGGAGAAAAUUAUGAACACUCCUGUGAUAUUUGGAGUGUUGGUUGUUGCAUUAUUGAAAUGGUUACCACAAAACCACCAUGGAAAGAAAAUCAGAUGUCCAACCACCUUGCUCUUAUGUACAAAAUAGCCUCAAGCAAGGAACCUCCAUUCAUUCCUCAUACUCUUGGCAUGUUACUUAAAAAUGUUGCACACAAGUGUCUGCAGAUAAAACCAGAACUGCGGCCUACAGCAAAAGAACUACUUAAUCAUGAGUGCUUCAUAAACACACCUGAAUAUAUUGGUACCUGUAGUAAUAAAGUUUAAAGACUUAAAUCCAGGAUGGAACAACACUCUAAAUGUACUAUUUAUUUUCUAUAAAGUUAAAACUAUAUUUUUAUAUGGCUUGUUGAGUAAGACUGAUUAUUAAAGUAUUCAUAUUUUCAGUACAUGCUUUUUAAAGCAUUGAUUGUAUGAAAAUUACAUCAGUAUUCUCAAUUUUAUAUCUAUAUAUCAUUCAUUGAUAUAAUAUUGUGGAUAAACAUGCUAUGUGUGC